AUGGAGAACAUCACGUUUUGCGAAGAGACCAAAUUUGGGCCGCAAGUCUCACGUUGCCGUGGAAAUUUCGACUUCACAUUAUUCUUUGAGGAAUUUUUUUUAUCGAUACUAUUAUCAGUACUGCUCUUACUGGCUCUGCCUGUCCGAUACCGUCAUUUAUACAAGAAGCGAACCAAGGAGGGUCGCCCAAAGUCCUGUUUAGUGGGCCAAACUACUAUUUGCCCUAGUAUUUGUGUUAUUACAGCUCUCUUUAGUGGCUGUUUGGUCCUUACCUCAGACUCCGCGAAGACAAACAUCACUUGCAGCAGCGGUGUUGACGCUCGUAGUAUAUAUCGGGUUGCAACUGCUAUCUCAUUUAGAGAAUCUCUAUGUGAUUUAACCUCUUCUAUUGAACUUCUUCUUAUCCUUGUCAUUGCUAUUUGA